AUGCGACCACGUUACUCUCGUCGCGUCCAGUCAAGGAGUGAGCCCACCUCGACUUCCCCUGUGUCUGAGUCAACGGAUAGCAACCUGCUUCCAGCGAAGCCAGCAGACGACACUACCGAGCAACGUCGUGUAUCCGCCCCGAUUGCGCAAGCCAUCAGCAGCAGCAGCGGCACCAGCAACAGCAGCCCGGCGCCUUCUCUGAUCCCCAAGCCUGGCAAUAAAGGCCUGCCCGCCGUGAGACAGCUGCCAAUUCCCCCGCGCAACUCUAGUGAUGGCAAAUGUGGCAUAUACCCAAGCCCAGCUCCCAGAGAAAGCCCGGAGCGAAGAUUGCCAAGAAUACCUACAGUCACCAAAGUGGUGAGAGAUACGACUCCCAUUGCGGCAAUGGCUACCCCCACCAAAAACGAGAAUCAACCACCGCAGAAGACUGGUGAGAAUCGGUCGACCGUGGCAACUUCCGGCCGUCCUGGUCGAAGCAUCAGACGCAUGCGAGCCGGAGCUGAACGUGGACGCCGAGGCCGCGCUUCUCAAGGUCCCGCGGCACCCAGCAGCUAA